GGGGCGGGGAGGCCUUAGCUCCGGGCGGGCGGCGGUUGCUGCAGUGGGACCCGGGAGCGGGGCCCGGCGCCGCCCGGGCCGCGGGGCGAUGUGACCCCCAGGUGUGUCCCAGAGGGAUCCACGUGACUUCUCUGCAGACUCUUUGCCAUGACAUCCCACCAAGGACGGGGAGAAUAAAGUGGGAAUCCUUCCCCAUGCCCCUCCCAUGGUCAGCUCCCCGAUGGCCUGGGUGAGGGCGGGCUGGCUGCUCUGACACAAUGGGGAGCUGUUGCAGCUGCCUGUACAGAGACAGCGUCUCGGACAACCACCCCACCAAGUUCAAGGUGACCAAUGUGGAUGAUGAGGGGGUGGAGCUGGGCUCUGGGCUGAUGGAGCUGACGCAGAGCGAGCUGGUGCUGCACCUGCAUGGGCGCGAGGCCAUCUGCUGGCCCUACCUCUGCCUGCGGCGCUACGGCUAUGACUCCAGCCUCUUCUCCUUUGAGAGUGGCCGCCGCUGUCAGACAGGCCAGGGAAUAUUUGCCUUCAAGUGCUCCCGGGCUGAGGAAAUCUUCAACCUCCUUCAGGAUCUGAUGCAGUGCAACAGCAUCAACGUGAUGGAAGAGCCAGUCAUCGUCACCCGUAACAGCCACCCUGCUGACCUUGACCUCUCUCGGGGCCCCCAGCCGCCCAAUGCUCUAGGCUACACUGUCUCCAGUUUCUCCAAUGGCUGCCCUGGAGAGGUCUCCCGAUUCUCAGCUCCCCGGCGGCUCUCAACGAGCAGCCUGAGGCACCCCUCGCUGGGGGAAGAGUCCACCCAUGCCCUCAUUGCCCCCGAUGAGCAGUCCCACACCUAUGUCAACACACCGGCCAGUGAGGAUGACCACCACAGGAGCCGCCACUGCCUGCAGCCCCUGCCUGAGGGUCAGGCGCCCUUCCCCCCGCAGGCCCGGGCCCCCAACCAGCGGGACCCGCAGGUGUUCUUGCAGCCGGGCCAGGUGAAGUUCGUGCUGGGCCCAACCCCUGCUCGGCGGCACAUGGUGAAGUGCCAAGGCCUCUGCCCCGGCCUGCACGACACUCCCCACCACAACAACAACAACGAGGGCCCUUCCGAGUGCCCAGCCCAGCCCAAGUGCACCUACGAGAACGUCGGCGGGGGCCUGCGGCGCGGGGCCGGCUGGAGACUGAGCCCGGAGGAGCCGGGCUGGCAAGGCCUUGCCCACCGCCGGGCCGCCCUGCUGCACUACGAGAACCUGCCCCCGCUACCCCCAGUGUGGGAGAGCCAAGCCCAGCAGCUGGGCGGGGAGGCCGGAGAUGAUGGGGACUCGAGGGAUGGGCUCACACCCUCCUCCAAUGGCUUUCCCGAUGGUGAGGAGGACGAAACCCCACUGCAGAAGCCCACCAGCACCCAGGCCGCCAUCCGCAGCCACGGCAGCUUCCCCAUGCCAUUGACCCGCCGCCGCGGCUCCCCAAGGGUCUUUAACUUCGAUUUUCGCCGGCCGGGCCCCGAGCCCCCAAGGCAGCUCAACUACAUCCAGGUGGAGCUAAAGGGCUGGGGUGGAGACCGCCCCAAGGGGCCCCAGAACCUCUCGGGUCCCCAGGCCCCCGUGCCCACCACCCACCCUGCCCGAAGCUCAGACUCCUACGCCGUGAUUGACCUCAAAAAGACCGUGGCCAUGUCCAACCUGCAGAGGGCUCUGCCCCGAGACGAUGGCACUGCCAGGAAAACCCGGCACAACAGCACCGACCUGCCUCUGUAGGGACGCCCCGGUCCUCACUGUCCUCCACCCCACACGCCGUCCUCUGAAACCCCCUCCCCAGGGUUUGGGGGUGCUUCGCAGAAGGCCUUGAGGUGGAACCAGAUGCUGCCCUGGGCGGUGGGAGUCCCCAAAGACAUCAGCCACUGAGUGUCCUGGUCUGUCGCCAUGCUGGGGAGGGAAGGGGUGAACAGGCAGGACAGAGCCAUGACGCCGACUGUGAAGGUCCCGUGAUGCGUUUAGCACCCUCCCUGUGUCCAUUUGUCUUGUCCGUUGGCUGUCUCUGUGUGUGUUGUUUUUGGUUGGAAUUUUGAAACAUUUUGUACCUGUUGAUUUUAUUUAUCAGUUUAUUUUUCUAUUUAUUGUUUUAAAUGUAAUUUAACCUAUUUAUUAUUAAUAUAAUUAUUUUUAAAUUCUG